GGUGCCGCCAAGAUGAAGGUGGUGGAGGAGCCCAACACGUUCGGCCUCAACAACCCGUUCCUGCCCCAAACUAAUCGUCUCCAGCCUAAAAGGGACCCCUCGCCUGUUUCUGGGCCCAGGCACCUGCUCCGACUCUCCGGCAAGUGCUUCAGCCUAGUGGAGGCCACGUACAAGUAUGAGUUCUGCCCCUUUCACAAUGUCACCCAGCAUGAGCAGACCUUCCGCUGGAAUGCCUACAGUGGGAUCCUGGGCAUCUGGCAUGAAUGGGAGAUCACCAACUACACCUUCUCGGGAAUGUGGAUGCGGGACGGGGACUCCUGUGGCUCCAAGAGCAGACAAACCAAGGUGGACCUAACCUGUGGGAAGAGCCAUAGGCUGGCCCAGGUGUCAGAGCCCAGCACCUGUGUGUACUCGCUGACCUUCGAGACUCCACUCGUCUGCCACCCCCAUGCCAUGCUAGUGUACCCCAUGCUGCCUGAGGCCCUACAGCAGAGGUGGGACCACCUGGAGCAGGACCUAGUGGAUGAGCUCAUCACUCCUCAGGGCCAUGCUAAACGACUGCGGUUGCUUUUUGAGGAGGCUGGCUACUUAAAGGCCCCAGAAGACACAACCCAGCAGGAAGGAGUCUCUAGGGGCCAGGCCUUUGAGACCCUGGAGAGCUGCAGUCAGGCGCACAAGGAGCUGGCCAAAGAGGUGAAGAGGCUUCAGGGGCUGCUUACCCAACACGGCAUCCACCACGAAGCUGCAGGCACUCCCAGCUCCCAGCAUCAGGACCAGGUGACCUCUACGCAAAGCCCCCAAGCACAGCUGCACGGAGACCCGGGUUGGCCUGACAACACCUUAUGA